AGCGCUAGCCAUUUUGGCUCAAGCCAGCGUUGCCUUGGUUCACAGCGCUGGCCGAUUUUGUGUGUCUGCGCGCUCCCCGCGCCCUUUAAGCUCUCGCCGCCAUGCUACGUCUUUUGAUCGUAGCGAGCGGACUGAUGGCUGCCUGGUCUCAAGGAGACGAGGUCUGCGACGCCAAGACCGGUGUCUGCGAGGGGCCUGGCAAGCCUCACAAAGGCGUUCUCGUGAGCACGUACGUCACAGAUGCCGCCAACGAACCGCGCUCGAGAAGGAAGUUACGGCCGUCAUGGAGCUGUCGGAGCGGCAGGCAUGCGAUGUAGCCCUGCUGAUCACGGGGGGCUUCUCGCCGCUGACAGGCUUCAUGAGCGAGGCUGACUACAAAGGCGUGGUCAGCGACAUGAAGACGACUGCGGGCGUGCUGUUUGGUAUGCCCGUCGUGCUGGACGUCCGCGAUACCGGCUACAAGGGCAAGAAGGUCUUGCUGAAGUACAAGGGCACCGGCAUGGCGGUGAUGGACGUGGUGGACGUGUACAAGCCCAACAAGGUGAAGGAGGCCGCGGAGUGCUACGGCACCAGCUCCACCGAGCACCCCACCGUGCAGGAGCUCUUCGAGACCCUCGGCAAGUACUACGCCGCUGGCGAGGUCCACGGGCUGAUCGAGGACUUCGAGGGCAUCUGGGGCCCCGGCUUCAAGAGCCCCGCGGCCGUGCGGGCGACGCUGCCGGCGGGGAAGCCCGUGGUGGCCUUCCAGAACCGCAACCCGGUCCACAAGGCCCACUUCGAGCUGCUCGUGGCCGCACAGGAGGACGUCAAGGACUCCGUGAUGUUUGUGCACCCGACGUGUGGGCCCACGCAGCCGGGAGACAUCGACGGCGCUGCCCGGAUCAAGACUUACGAGGUGAUGCAGGAUGAGCCUUUCUACAAGAAGUGGGCGGGCGACAAGUGGCGGUGGUCGUAUCUGCCCUACUCGAUGAAGAUGGCCGGGCCCCGCGAGGCGAUCCAGCACAUGAUCAUCCGAAAGAAUUUCGGCGCAACCCACUUCAUCAUCGGCCGGGACAUGGCGGGCACCAAGAGCACUCUGACGUCCAAGGAUUUCUACGGCGCGUUCGAUGCCCAGGAGAAUGGCAAGAAGCAUGAGGGCGAGCUCUUCAUGAAGGUCGUGAGCUACGAGAACAUGGUUUACGUCGGCGAGGAGCACGGCAACGCGCGUGGCUACGCCACGGAGUCCGCGGCCAAGGCCAGCAACCUUAAGAUCGCGAAGCUCUCUGGAACCGAGUUCCGCAAGCGCCUGCGGUCGGGCGAAGAGAUCCCCGAGUGGUUCGCGUUCCCCGCCGUGGUGAAGGUGCUCAGGGAAGGCGGGGACGCCAUCUUCCUGUGAGGCGCCCGCGCCCUCCCGCUGGGCGGCUGGCGCACCGUCCUCUCUCUCUAUCCCGGUCGUGCAGCGAGGAACGGUUUUCUCCUCCUCCUCCUCCUCCUCCUCCCUCUCCACAGCUCUGUAUACAAACAGCUGUACAGCGUACAGUGUGCAGCACUGAGUGCGCGUAUGUUCCAACUUGCCUUGGUAAGUAAGGUGUGGAACCCCUGCAAGGGCGCCGGAACAGUGGCUGCGAGGCGCCAGGGUAUGCGUGUUUUCUUUUCCAGCGUGCCACAACUGACCCGUCAUGGGAAAAAGCGAGCUGUGUGCGCACGCGCAUGAGCGUCGAGGCAGAACGCAGUCAAGAAAAAG